UGUCUCUGCUCAACUCUCAUCAUGCAUAUCCACUGUGAACUGGUAAUACUCAUACUGGCACUGACUCUGAAUGAUCAAGUUCAUACAGGGAAAAUAAUCGGAGGUCAUAUCGCUGGGGAAAAUAGCAGACCUUACAUGGUGCUUGUGGAGAGGAAGAUGCCAGCCAAAACAAAACACUGUGGUGGCUUCCUGCUGAGUGAGGAUUUUGUGAUGACUGCAGCCCAUUGCGUUGCCAGCUCCUUUAGAGUUUACGUAGGACUUCAUAAUUAUCACCAAAAAGACAAUGCGCAGAUCAUACCUGUCGAAAAAACAUUCCCACACGAAGAUUUUGAUGAGGGUACUUUCCGAAACGACUUCAUGUUGCUUAAGUUAAAGUCAGAGGCAAAAUUGGGCGGCAAAGUGGCAACGAUUCCUCUAGCAGAAUUGGGGGACAAUCCUUCAAAAUCAUGUAUAGUCUCUGGAUGGGGACGCAACGACACGGACAGUCGCAUGUCUCCUGUUCUCAAGGAAGUCAGUGUAACACUAACUGACAAGGCGCCAUGCGACAACGACUACUUCUACUGUUCUGAUGGAAAAAAUGGACCUGCUGAAGGAGACUCUGGAGGCCCGCUGGUCUGUGAUGAAAAGGCUUAUGGGGUAGUGUCUCACUACGAGGGACAUGGAAAUAUCCCAGACACUCGUUUUUAUGCUAAGAUCCCUAAGGUUAGAAAGUGGAUUGAUUCUGUCAUGAAAAGUAACUGAGACCUGUACUUAAUGGAUCACACAUUUUAAGUCUGACUUCAGUUGUUGAUCAAACAUGACUGUUCUUGUGGUUUGCUUUGCACAGAUAUAAUCAUGCUUAUACUUUCAAAUUCCUAAAACAUAUAAAAUCUGUUUGUUUGGAAAAGUGCCAGCAGUGGUCUGAACUCUUCUACCCUGCAUUUAUUUCAGAUGAAUAAUUUAUAAACUUCAUUUUUGGAAAUUUGUAUUUGAUCCUGAAUCAGAAAUAUUAGCGUGCACUCACUUAUGUUAAAAUAAAGGUAAUAUCUUCUACUUUACUGCAGCUAUAAAUGCACAUAUAUUUUACUACCAUAUAUUACUGCUUUCUGCAUCUUCUUUUAGUUCAGAUCAAAUAAAAACUCAGCAUCAGUC